AGAUGACGUCACUAGGGCUAAGAGCUUAUUAACAUGUGACAGAACAAAAAAACGGGUGGGGCUUUUGUCGUCUUUCAACAGACCGCCUGCCGACACAAGUUCACAUAAUGUGGACACUAGUGUGGUUUGCCGUGGUCGGUCCCUGCCUUCUGCCUAAAGGCGUGUCCUCCCAAACACUGUGCGAAAGCCUUACUGGUGCCAGUGGGUCCUUCAACAGUUCAAAUUACCCAAACAACUAUCCUGACGACCAUGACUGCCGAUAUGUGAUCUCUGUCUCUCCGCCUAAAGUCGUCAAGUUGACCUUCACGGAAUUUGCCGUUGAGGAAGACUACGACUUCGUGUACGUGUAUGACGGAAACACAACUGCGUCCGGAUUUCAGAUAGCAAAACUAACUGGCACAACUAUCCCCAAACCUGUAACCUCUACCGGCAGCUUCAUGACUGUACGACUUGUCUCCGAUACAUCCACUAACCAGAAGGGAUUCCUGGCUAACUAUGCAGCUGAAGAUAAAGUAUUCUCUAACUGUGAGGUUGGCAAGUACCGGUGUGCCAACGGUGUGACCUGUAUAGACGCCUGGAAACGGUGUGACGGAAACAACGACUGCAGAGACGGGAGUGAUGAGGAUGGAAGCCACUGUACGUGUCAGAAUAUCCCGUCGUCCAUGGUGAUGUGCAGGGGCCUUGAGUACAGUAAGAUGACCCUUCCCAACCCACUCAACUUCACCCACACCACUGUAGCCCAAGUUAAAAACUCAGCAAGGUUCAAUGACCUCAAGACCCUUGGGGAUUCAGACUGUCAUCCCCGUAUACAACAACUGAUCUGUGCUACUGUUAUACCUCGCUGCGAGUCCAGCCCAAAUCGCCAACAACUGCCGUGUCGUUCUUGGUGUGAGGAAGUGAAGUCCUCGUGUGAGGAGGAAGACUCCUGGUCAGCUUUUCCAAGCUGUGAGAUAUUCCCCUACACCAACUGUAACAACAUCGUGACUUCAAAACUGGAUGGUGUGGACUGCUUCGACGGAAAUGGUGAAAAUUACCGAGGAAACGCGGCGAGAGCUCCUAUAGCCGGGGUAGCCUGUGAACGAUGGGACAAUGAUCCAACCUACAUGGAGCCCUAUCCCUGGGCAAACCUCGUGGACAACAAAUGUCGCAACCCAGACGGCGAUGGGAGAGGUCCAUGGUGCUUCACUUCAACCGGAUUUGAAUACUGUGACCUCAUUCCUUGCAACAAACAAGGGUGCAAGGAUCCAGGGAAGCCCCAGUAUGGAAAAAGGAGCCCAGUCUUAAAGUUCUACUGGCCUGAGGACCGAAUUACUUACACCUGUAAUGCUGGAUUCAAGUUCAAGGAAAACUCCCCACCAAACAAAGCUAAAUGUGUGUAUAAUAACAAAACAGGAGAAGCCGAAUGGGAAACAGCAACACCAGACUGCGAAGUCGAUCAAAAUUACAAGCUCCAAAAGGACCUUCUGAGCUCGGAUGUUUACAACAAGGCGGUGUCUCCAACUAAAAGUUUGGAAAUAAAGGCAUAUGUUGUCAACGUCAUCAAUUUGGACGAGAAGGCUGAACAGAUAGUAACAUCAUUCAAGGCAAUAUACACAUGGAAGGACGCCCGUCUGGAAUGGGAACCAAAGGAAUACGGAACACUUGACCAUAUCUUUGUUCUUGACGAACAAGUGUGGAAGCCAACGCUGACACUGGAAAGAAACGCAAACACUGACUACACCGGUGGAUUUCCAAAGGCAGAGGUGAGAAUGGAGCACACUGGAGAGGUGAACUGGCCUGUGGAAGCACUCUCCACAACAACCUGUACCCUGGACCCUUUCCUCUUCCCUCAGGACAACAUGACAUGUGCAGUGUGCUGGAGAGCUGGAGAAGAGUACAAAAUAGACUGUUCUAACUCAACAACGUAUAAAGACAACAACCUGCUGACUUGUACAAACAACGAGGCUGACAUCACUAGCGGAGAGUGGAGUGGGAAAACAACCCUUUCAGCUGUCAACAACACGGCCUGUCUGACCAUGAGGCUCAAACGAGAUCCCACCUAUCACUACUCCACAACCAUCUCUCCCUGUCUCAUCCUUGUCGUCCUCAUGGUCAUCACCUUCAUCAUGCCCAUUGAUAAAGGAGACAGGAUUGGAUUCGGCGUCACCGUGCUGCUGUCCAUGGUGGUGUCUCUGGUCGUCGUUACUGGCUUCCUGCCUGUGUCAACCAGCCUGCCAUUCAUCGCUAUGCUGAUCAUUGUGUGCAUGGCUCUGAUGGCCCUCUUCAUGCUGACGACUCUUUUCAUCAUCAUCAUUCACGACAAGAAGGGACCUGUCCCUAAAUGGGUACGGACGGUCUUCCUGAAGCACGUAGCAAGGGCCCUACUUAUGGGGGACCUGACCAAGAAGCUAAACAACGAGGAAGCAACAAGCUACAACGUAGGGAAGAAACCAACAGAUGUAGAAGGCCAAACUAACGGCUCUUUCAAAAUCGACGGCGAUGUCUCAUCUAGUGGACAGGUCAACCCACCCCUGAACGUGCAAAAUGAGGUCGGAGCUACUCUCAUUGGCUUACAAGGAAGCGUAAAUGAGCUUAGGGUCAGUGUUAGACAACUGUCUGGUAGCAUUGAUGCUCUGGCAAGUAGUGGUGAUGACGAUGAAGAAGUCGGGGAGUAUGCUUUGUUUGCCAGUGUGUUAGACAGGCUGAGUUUGGUCCUUUAUGUCAUCGCCAUUGUGGUGGCCAUUCCAUGCACUCUGCUUAUUGGCUACAAACCUGUCAGUGUUAGCUAAAAAGGGACAUGAUUGCGACUUUACGUUUCAUCGGGUGUGGCUUAAAUGCUAUUCGCGUGAUGUCAUUUCUCCUGUCGGCAUCAAAUUUCACCUGCAUGCAUUGAUCUUAAACAUCAAAAACAAAUGUUUUCUAAAUUCGAUAAAAGCACAGGUUGAAAAAAAAACAUUGUUAGUUGUACACAGAUUGCCUGUUUUAAAGAUAACCAAAACGAUUUAAUAGUAUAACAUCACUUUGAUCUGGAAGAAAAAAAACAUAAUUUUCUAUGUGUUUUACCUAAACAUUAAGGUCAUACAUUGUAGAAUGAAAACAAGGUAACAAGGUAAAGUAUUAUGGGCAUAAAUAUCAGUACAUUGUAACGAUUUUUGGUGAUCUUAAGUUAAACUUUAGGGGUCGAUGUUUUUCAUUUUUUCUUCAUAUAAUAGAUUUUGAAGUAGCAUCUUCUGUCUUGUCAUGGCAUGGUUUAAUAGAGCUGACUGGAAGUACCUGACGGAGGGGAGCAAGUGGCCAGUACCUGGCCUAUGAAUAUACAUGUAGGCAAACAUAUUCUGUGCAUAGUAUGAUAGAAUACUUAAAGUUGUGUUUAUAUAUCAAGGCCAUAAUAUAAUGCUAUGUUAUGCCGUAUUUUCUCACAUCCUGUCAAAUUCAGCUCCGUUAUGCUGGUUUUGUUUUUGGUCCAUUAUUGUAAACAAUUACAUCUGAAAGUCCUAUAGAGAUUCAUUGAAACUUACAGAAUAUCACCUAUAACUUUCAAAGACAAAUCAAAUCCUACUACUGGAUAAAUUGAGAAUAUUGGAAGAGUUUGGAUAGUCUUGAAACAUUGUCUUCUGCACUAGACAGACAGCAUUAAGAAGAGUUUGGAGUAAGAAAGUUAGCUAUUAUAUUUGGUGAUGUCGGUUGGGGGUUAGAUUGCUUUGUGAUCGUAUGAUUACAUAAGCAGUCAUAUUUAGUA